AUCCAGCAUGGCGGCCUCCGCGGCUUCACGUGAGCUGUUUAAGGACGGAGUCCGGGCGGUUCUGGCCGGCUGGCCGGUUCUACAGAUCGCCGUGGAUAAUGGGUUUGGAGGUGUGUACGGCCAACAGAAAGCUGAUUGGAUGGUGGAUGUGAUCCACCAGUACUUCCAUGACAAUGCUGACCUGCAGCAGUAUGAAGUGGAGGACUUCAUCACUGAACUGAUGGAUCAGGAGUUUAACACCAUGGUUGAAGAUGGGAGUUUACCUGAGGUGUGUGUGCGGUUGCUGCACUUCUUCUCUCUGUGGAAGCAGGGGGCGCUGCAGCAGCUCCAAGAUGCUAUCGGCUCUCUGACCAACAGCAGGACGCAAAGAGUAAAAGUUACAGCUCCACCUGCUUCAUCUGAUGAGGAGAGCGACAGUGAACCUCAGCCAAUGGUGUGUGAGGAGUCCAGUCCGUCAAGCAGCAGGCCGCGCCCUCCUCCUCCGCCUGAUGAUGAAGAGGACGGCUGGACGGUGGUCAGGAAGAAGAAGUGAUUAAGCUGAAUCAUGGAUGGACUCUUCUUUCUUCUGAGUGUUUUUUUAUUAAAUGUUGAGAAAAUAUGUGCUUGUGAUGUCACUGCCAAACCACACCCACCUGAUGGACACAGAGCUGUCAGACAGUCGCACCAGCCAAUAGAGACGCUAUGAAAUAUUUGGGCCCACCCAGGAAGCUGAACCCAGCAGCUGCAAGACUUCUGGAUUUACAUUUUAAAUACAAAAUAAUGUAUUUUUAUUUUUGUUUCACUGCAUUUUGGUUUAAAAUAGUUUGGUUUUAUUGAAAUAAAAUAAAAAAUACCUGACAGUCAUACCAGCUUUACCACAAUGGACAGUUUUAAUCCUGAUUUUAAAGUUCCAGAAGCAUCCUGGACCUUAACUGGGAGAACCAGGACACCAGUCUACUGUUGGGAACUCCAAAGACCCCCCGGUAAAGCUGCUGGGAAAUCCAGGGACCACCGGUAAAGCUGCUGGGAUGGUCUGAUACCAGGAGCAUACUGGUUUUAUAUGAAACCUUGUUACAUGAGACAUUUAUAGCAAAAUGGUGAUUAGUGGUAGAACGGAGGGGGAGUAUUGCACUGGUCUUCACAACCCAAACAUGAUUCAGCGGUGGUGUAGAUGAGGACUCUGCCGACAAACCAAGGUGCUUUUAACUUUGCAAGUGAGCAGAAGUCGAUAAAACAGGCUCGUUCACACACGUAUUUCUAACGCGCCUGUUUUAUCCUAAAGAAUGUCUGACCCAGUUCUGCAGAGGACACCACCUCUACCCCUUCAGUUUCAGUUUACAGUAAUUUACUCAUCUGUGGUCGACUCGUACAAACGUUUAACAUCAAAUCAAUGCUCCAACAAGAUUCCUAUGGAAGUUAAUAUGUCACUAGGAUUUGAAUUUAAAAUGCCACUGAAAAUGUAAUGAAUGUUUGUAUUUACUUUUUCAGUGUUCAAAUAUAUUCAGAAUACAUCUGAAACCAAAAAGAUGUCAUUGUCAUUAAUUCUAUAUGGUUGAAAUUUCAUUUAUUUUCUCUUCAAGCUAAAAAUUCAGAUUGGCCGCGUUUCCCAGAUUCGAUUGUUGUAAGGACUUAACAAGGCUCUUAAGAAGGAGCGCUAAGACAUGGGUGUUUCCCAGAUGCGUUCUUCACUGCCUUCUUAAGAUCAAAGAAGCUUCUUAAGAAUCUCUUAGUGGGAGCUGUCCACCACCGUGGUGCUGAAACUAAAUCAAUCGAUGCCAGGCAAAUCAAUCACCCACAACUAUGGAAGUCGAUUCAGCCAAGAUCACUAAGCUAAUUACAACUGACUGAAACCGCCUCUUUCUGGUUCCCCCGAGCAGUACAAAAAAGUGUCAUGGCCUCAAACUGUAGUCCAUUCCAGAGAAAAGGGCUAAUGGCACAGCCUCGGACUAACAAUGGCAAUCAACAGCCCGAAACUAUAUAUAUA